GGGUUUCAGUCGUGAAGGCGCUCCAACAAUAGAAAGCAGACAGAGGUGGAUUCACAUGGAUUAUAAGAGCGUUGCAACCUCGUAAAGCUUUCGUUUUACAUGCAGAAGGACAUUUGUGUCGAUUAGCGUGAUUCCUGAUACGGUUGAGAUCUUGCCCGGUAGGUGUAUGUGUGGGAUCUGUUUCAGAUGAAUGCUGGGAUUCAUCUCUGACAUCCACGAGCUGCGUUUCAUCAGUGAGCAGAAGUCCUUAGAGUGGAAUAGGAACUGCAGGAAAAGUGACCAGGAAUACCGGGAUACAGGGAUACAGGGAUACCUACACAGUCCAGAGGAGAAUGGAAAAAUAACCAGAAGUGUUUAUCGGUACAUCUGGCUCAGGUGAUCGUGGAGUGAGCGAAGAUGCCGCUGGUGAAGAGGAGCAUCGAGCCGAGGCACUUGUGCCACACGGUGUUGCCCUGUGGUAUUAAAAACGAGCUGGAAUGUGUCACCAAUAUUUCACUCGCCAACGUUAUACGCCAGCUCAGCAGUCUCAGUAAAUAUGCAGAGGAUUUGUUUGGGGAGCUCUUUAAUGAAGCACAUGCCUUCUCCUUUCGCGUCAACUCCUUGCAGGAGAGAGUGGAUCGUCUGUCUAUCAGUGUGACACAGCUUGACCCUAAAGAGGAGGAGUUAUCUCUACAGGACAUCACCAUGAGGAAAGCCUUCCGCAGCUCCACCAUUCAGGAUCAGCAGCUAUUUGAUCGGGAGUCGUUACCCGUCCCGAUGCAGGAGACGUUCAACCUCUGUGAACAGCCUCCACCCCUCAACAUUCUAUCACCCUAUAGAGAUGACGGGAAGCAGGCUCUGAAGUUCUACACUAACCCAUCCUACUUCUUUGACCUGUGGAGGGAGAAGAUGCUGCAGGAUACGGAGGACAAGAGGAAGGAAAAACGGAAGCAAAAGUCUGAACAGCUUGAGGUGCCUUAUCUAACUUUUCUGCAGGGUUUUAUGGGUAGCCCCCAUGAGCUUCUUCCUUUCAUGCCUGAGUUACAGGAUCCUCGCUUGUAUGAUCAGGUCUAUAAGUAUUUAGACCUUCCAGGGCAGCUAAAGAACAUCGAUCGUCCUGCAGAACCAGAGAAAGUACCACGAGCUCCUCAUGACCGCAAAAAGGAGUGGCAGAAGCUGGCUUUAGGGGCAGAGCUGGCAGAAGAUGACAAUGAAGAUAAACACAAAGAUGCUAGCAAUGGCUUGGCAUCCUACCAUGACCCCAGGCAAAUGUACAUGGAUCAUCUGGAUGGUUCGUUCUCUCUGGCUGCUUUGCCGUACUCUCAGAUGAGCGAACUGCUCAACCGCACAGGAGAGCGCAUGUACGGUCGACCUCACGAGCCUCCACCACCUCCACCGUCACACCCUGCAGACAUCAAGCCUGCCUCCGCCAUCAGCUCCAGUUCAGGUUUCUCCGACAGUCGUCCUCAGUCUCCGGCCCGCACUCCUGUGUUCUUGAACCCCAAUGCUCCACCCCCUCCUCCCCCACCACUUCCCCCACCCCCUCCUCCUCUCCCAUCCACCGUAUCAGGCUCAAGCAUGCGCAGUUCACAGCCUCCCCCGAUCCCGCCAUUACCUUCCCAGCAACCCCUUGCUAUACCCCCUCCUCCUGCACCCCUUCAAAUUGCCCCUGGUGUAUUACACCCUGCCCCUCCUCCUGUGGCUCCACCUCUUCAUUCUUCCCCAGCCCGACUACAGCAGGACAAAGUCUUGCUCCCUGGAUUGGGAGAUGGCUCCGUCUUACCUCCUCCUCCCCCACCACCUCCUCUGCCCCACCCAGGGGCCAGAAGCUCCCCUCCUUGUCAGCCUCCAGGUCCACCCCCUGUGCCUUCAUUCCCAGUUUCAACUCCGCCCACUCACUCGGGUCACGAAGUCAAAAGACAUCCAUCAAACCUGCCGCCAAUCAGCGACGCACGCAGUGUCCUAUUAGAAGCCAUUCGUAAAGGUAUCCAGCUGAGGAAGGUCGAGGAGCAAAGGGAACAGGAGGCUAAGCACGAGCGUGUGGGCAACGACGUAGCCACUAUCUUGUCCCGACGCAUCGCCGUAGAGUACAGCGACUCUGAAGACGACUCCGAGUUCGAUGAGGUCGACUGGAUGGAGUGAGAGCAAAGAAGAAGGAAGAGACGAGAUGAAUAGCUAGGAAGGAAUAUUUAGAAAGAAAUUACAAUGUUAAGAAAAAAAUUGUGUCUCGUUUUUUUUCUCCGUCCUGCUUCCACGGUUCACAGUGUGGUAUGUUGCAGGAAAUUUUGUCUCUCCACAUUUACAUUUACAUUUCCAGCAUUUGGCAGACACCCUUGUCGAGAGGGACUUGCAUUAUCUCAUGUUUAUACAACUUAGCAAUUGAAGGUUAAGGGCCUUGCUCAGGAGCCCAGCAGUGGCAACUUGGUGGACCUGGGAUUCGAACUCACAACCUUUCGAUCGGUAGUCCGACACCUUAACCCCUAGGUUACCUGACGUCGCCAGUUGUCUUUUUUCUGUAUGUUUGCUCUCAUGUUUUUUAUACAACAUAAUUUAACUUAUGUUAAUAUUCUCAAGGUUUUUUAACGAUCCUCUUUUACAAUUAAUGGAAAUAACUCCCGAUGUUGUAGCUCAUUUCAAGGAGGGACCACAGAGAUCCACUGUUUAGUGUUAUGUAAAGGGGUCAGGGCGCCUUUAGCAUCAAUUCUAAGGCAAUGCUGCCACCAUCUGGUUUAUUUUUUAAUUAUUAUUAUUAUUAUUUUUAAAUAUACGUGUAUAAUGAAGACAUGUUGAAAUUAUGGCAUGGUCCUUAAAAAAGAAAAAAAAAAAAAAGAUUUUCAUUAUGAUAAAUUUACAUAUCUCUGAGCAAUAUGUACUGUCACUGUCUGUCUGAGUUAGUAAGAAAGAAUAAAUGUGGUCGAGAUGCUCGUUUUCUGUUAAGAUGAAGUGAAAUUCAGAAAAAGAAAACGUAAGGAGUUUAAACGGUGCAGGGAGAUUAGGGCAAGACGUUAUGUUAUGUUAUGUUAUGUUAUGUUAUAUGAUGUUACAGCAGGGUUCUAGCAUUCAGAGGGUUCUCUACAUGAUGUGUUUUAAUCAAUAAGGAAUCAGACCACUGCAGUAUCAACUAAAAAAAAAAAAAACAACAACACACGGCCAUACGUUUCUCCUUCUCCUGCCUUAUGGUUUGUAUAGACGUGUUGUUAAGUUGAUGAAUGUACUGUGCUGUUACUACUUUUUGCCUGCAUUUCUAAACAUUAGCUGUUUCUAUGUUCCAGACAGGAAAAUAAAAGAAGAAACAAAUCAAAACUGGAAAAAAAAAUCCUAUCAAUUUGAAGGUGUACACCUUGUAACUUAUGUAACUGUUUAAUGUAACAGUUCGCUUGAAUUAAUAAAAGCUAAUGUUAUGUUAAAAGCUUU